AUGUUCAAAACUGUUUGUUCGAUUUUUGUGAUUCUUUCUCUAUUUCAUGUCACAAGUUGUACUGGUCAAUAUUAUUGCAGUGGAAGUAACUUCAGCCCCCUCUAUCUCAAGUUCGGAGGUCACACAAGAGCAAUCAAUGUCAGAGGAUGCUAUACAGCUUCAUACGUCAAAAGCACAUGUGAUAUAAGCUUCCAUGACUCAGAGGCAACAAUUGCAAGCAUUCCAUUUAGAACUAGACGAAAAAGGCAGACUUAUUUUGGAGGUUCUGGUGCUGAUAUUUUUUCAUCGCUAUUUAGUAGACCUCCAGCUUAUAACAGUGGACUUACUGUGCCAUUUAAUGUUAAUCAGUAUGUCAAUUCACUUCCGAGGAACUCUAUAUUGUAUGCUAUUAUGACUGAUGCUAGAGCAGCUGCUUACUAUAAAGGAAUUCCAUAUUGCGAGAAGAAUCUGAUCGGUCCACUAUGGUUGGUAUUACUUAUAACCAGUGUUGCAAAUGUCUACAUCAGAGAAGAAUGUAGAAUCGUAGACAUCUACAUUAAAUCUACAUGUAGACAGAUUCUACAUGUAGACACAAUCUACAUGCAACAACAAGCAUAUUUACGUGGACGACAAGACAUUUGGUAUUACCAGCGACCUGAUGGAACAAGAAAAAUUAUUGCAUUCAAUGCAGAGUGUCCUUAUUCUUGCCUUACACAAUAGUUGACGAAUUCAUUGGAUUUAUCAUCCUUCCAAGGGUGCGGAAGAUCAAAAAUGGUCAAAAAAUGAUCAACAUAUAACAAAUCAGUUCCAUGCCCAUGCAUCCUUCAUAAUUUUUAAUUUACUAUUCAUCACAUUAUUCUCUUAAAAAUUAAGACAAAUAAAACCGAAUUUUCCAUAAAAGUUCGUCGAUAUCACUUAAAUAAAUUGUUGAUAAUUUUUCAAAUUAAAAUUCAAGGUAAAAAAUUAGAUGAAACCUCAGAAAUUUGUUGCAAAGAGUAAUUAAACUAAUUAUGAACUUUUCGCCACAUUUCAAGAAGGAUAAUUAAGUAACUUAAUAAACAUGUUGCCUAGCAUCAACUUGCUGAAUACAUCAGCAAAUGAGCUUGAAGAAAAUUUUGAUAGAACAUCAGCCACAAAUUUUACAGCAUAUAGUAACACAUUCAGUCAUUAAUAAUACUCUACAGUUAUGUUAUAUUUUUGCCAUACACAUUGUCUUAUGCAUGGAUGUAAGAAGUCUAAACAUCAUUGAAUAAAGCAUGAAG